CCAAAGUUCACAAUGAAAAUGGCUGCUAUGGGCGACGGCGAGAGAAAACAAGCGGGAGAGGAUGCAGAGAGCUCAGAGAGGAGUGGCAAUGAAGAGGAAAAUGAGGACCUGUCAUGUGAAGAGGAGGAAGAAGGAAGUGCCGGGAAGGUCGAAGCCGGUUCGUUGAAGCUCCGCGUUGCCGUGAGCUCGGCCCAGACCAAGAAGAAGAAACACAAGCACCGCAGCAAACACAAGCGACAGAAGCACGUCUCCCCAGAGGUCAAGGAGCGGCGCCACGGGCACCGGCACAAGCACAAGAGGCACAAGCGUAAAGACAACCCCUCAACCGAUGUCUUCUCAAACUGUGGCGAUGACGACGCUUCCCUGUACUCCUCCUCUGCCAAGCACCCAAGACUGGAAGAUGAUGAGAUGGCACUUCUGGAGGAGCUGGAGAAACAGAGGGCCCUGAUCCAAGCCGAGCUAGACGGUGAACUGACUGAGGGGGGCAGGGGGGUACAAUCGGACAUGGGGCUCAUACUCCAGGGCUACCACUCUGAAGAGGAGGAGGAUGGGGAGCUUCAGGUGGAGAGGGAGCACAAUGGGCAGCACUGGUGUAUAGCGGCAACAGGUCCCGGGUCCGGCUCAGGCUCACAGACCGCUAAGGACACCUGUAGAGGACGGCGAGAGUCGACAGAUGCCGGAAAAGCUAAGCAGAGCAAUCCCAAUAAAAAUGCCAGGAAGAGCAGGACAGACGGGAAGACCAAGGAUCGGAUGAGAGGACGGAGCACUUCCAGGGAUAGAGACGGCAGAAGACAUUCCAGGAGUUCAGUGUGCUUUAGGUCUCCUCCUGGCACCAGCAAGCAGCCUUCCCCACCGGCUCAGAGCAGAGGAGCCCAAAACCAGGAGCCCAGCGGCAGCAACCACAAGUCACCCGAGCACUACAAGGCCGGGUGGCCAGAUAAGGAAGGGGACAAGGACAAGAAGGCGACCAAGUCCCCCGCCAAGGACGCUUCCUCUGGGAAGGAGAACCGCUCUCCAGGCCUGCGAGGGAGGCCGCCAGGCCCCGUCCUCCAGCAGCAGCACAGCACGUCCCCAUCACAAUGUCAGAACUCCCUGGACUCAUCCUCAGGCCCCCAGGCAGCUGAGCGAAGGGCCAUGUCACCGUCACCACCCAGAGGGGGUCACCCACGCUCCCCGGAGAGUCGAAGGAGAGUGAUUGACCGACUGAGACUUCCACCUGGCAGGAUGUGGAGCCAGGAAGAGGCAGGGGUCUGUAGGGACACGGCCCUAGAUGCCCGGCGACGGUUCAGCCGCUCACCUUUCAGGCGGAGAUCGCGCUCUCCCAGGAGAUGCAGCAGGUCACCAUUCAGGAGGAGGUCGUUGGAUCGGUUGGGACGGAGGCUGCGGUGGCGUUCCAGAUCCCAGGAGAGGAGAUGGAGCCGGGACAGAGAGGACAAGUUCAAAGGCAGCCUCUCAGAGGGAAUGAGGGUCGACAAGGAGGACUCUGAAGAUGAAGUGCUGGAAGAUUACGAUGUGGAUGAGGAGGACGAGGAGGCUCUCAUUGAACAGAGGAGGCUACAGCGCCUGGCCAUCGUCCAGAAGUACAAGGGAGGGAACGAGGGUAGUAACAUGUCGGCACCAUCGGAGCCCGGCAGCCCCCAGAGCAGCCCACGCAGCCGCUCGCCGUCGCCAGACGACAUCUUGGAGCGCGUGGCGGCCGAUGUCAAAGAGUAUGAGCGGGAAAACGUGGACACCUUCGAAGAAAACAUCAAGGCAAAGCACAACCUCAUCGAACAGGAAAAAGACGAAGGAACCAACCAGAAAAAAACAUCCGCCCCUGAUAUGUUCACUGAAUCGGAUGACAUGUUCGCCGCCUACGAUAGUGCAAGGCUUCGAGCAGCAGGCAUUGGGAAGGACUUCAAGGAGAACCCCAACCUCCGAGACAACUGGACAGACGCAGAGGGAUACUACCGACUAAAUAUCGGGGAGAUACUGGACAAGCGGUACAGCGUGUACGGCUACACGGGCCAGGGGGUGUUCAGCAACGUCAUCCGCGCCCGAGACGUGGCUCGCGCCAGCCAUGAGGUGGCCAUCAAGAUCAUUCGGAACAACGAGCUCAUGCAGAAGACUGGGCUGAAGGAGCUGGAGUUCCUUAAGAAGCUCAACAAUGCUGACCUGGACGACAAGUUCCACUGUCUGCGGCUCUUCCGACACUUCUACCACAAGCAGCACCUCUGUCUGGUCUUCGAGCCUCUCAGUAUGAACCUUCGCGAGGUACUGAAGAAGUAUGGCAAAGACGUGGGCCUCCACAUCAAGGCGGUGCGCUCUUACAGCCAGCAGCUCUUUCUGGCCCUGAAGCUGCUGAAACGCUGCCACAUCCUGCACGCCGAUAUCAAACCUGACAACAUCCUGGUCAACGAGUCGAAAACCAUCCUCAAGCUCUGUGACUUUGGUUCAGCGUCGCACGUGGCAGAGAAUGACUUCACGCCCUACUUGGUCAGCCGGUUCUACAGGGCGCCGGAGAUUAUCAUCGGGAAGCCUUACGACUAUGGGAUCGACAUGUGGUCCGUUGGCUGCACUCUGUAUGAGCUGUACACGGGCAAGAUACUUUUCCCAGGGAAAACCAACAACCACAUGAUUAAGCUCGCCAUGGACAUCAAGGGCAAGAUGCCCAACAAGAUGAUCAGGAAAGGCGUGUUCAAGGACCAGCACUUUGACCAGAACCUCAACUUCCUGUACACAGAAGUAGACAAAGUCACUGAAAGGGAGAAGGUGACAGUGAUGAGCACCAUCAACCCCACCAAGGAGCUGCUGGCUGACAUGGUGGGCUGCCAGCGUCUCCCUGAAGACCAGCGCAAGAAGGUUGCCCAGCUCAAGGACCUGCUGGACCUGACCCUUAUGCUGGACCCGGCCAAGAGGAUCAGCAUCAACCAGGCCCUGCAGCACCCCUACAUCCAGGAGAAGAUCUUCUGAGCAUCUCUUACUGUGCCACUCACAGUCAUGCAUUGAUUGAUUGACACAUCCAGAAGCUAGUACUGAGUCCCUAGUUUGACUAUGGUUGGACCCCACCCCAGCCCAAGAAAUGGCUUUAUUUGAGCUGGCAGACUCUGCUGAUGGAGAGGAAGUAGUAUGAUCUUUCUUCCCCUGUUUGAACACACAUGCUCUCCUGUUGUACAUUGAUCUAAGGACUUGUAUUAUAUAACCAUAGUAGGGGUGUGAACGUUUAUAUGUUUAAUCGAAAUUGAAUCCUUAACAUUAAGGGAAAAAUGAAACUGCGUUUUCCCAGUGCAGUUAUCACAAAACUACCACUAACAGGUCCUGAUCAUCAUAAAGGGAAUAGGCCUACCUAACACAACAAUCCUGUAACGUUAGUAAGAGGGGUCAUCGUCGUUAACAGUUUGAAAAAGAAGUGCUUAUUACAGUCGGUAUGCAUCUGUUUUCAAUGGACUAUUUGAGUUGUGAAGUCAUUUGUUAAAUGAAGAACUGCAAACGCCAUUUGAGCCUCGACUCACGCUACUGAAACAAGUGCAUCUUUCUCAUAAAUUUUACAGUUUUACUCCCCAUUUCAACAGGGUGUUAUUCCUUUCAUAAUGGUAGUUGAGACAUAUAGUUAACAGCAUUAGAAAGCUAAAAUGAUUCCCUUUUUAACCAACCUGUAUUUAAUGGGAUUUCCUUUGCCCUGUGUUUUAUUUGUGAGCUUAGACUUGGUGGCAGGCUUUUGUUAAUCAUGAAAUAAAGUAGGCCCCUAGACUAUUGAAUACACAAUUUGCCUUCAUCAAAAUGUUUUUGUUUCAUAUUUUAUUAUGGAACCUGCCUAGGUUUAGGUGGGGUUGUAACCUAUUCUAAAUGGAACACUGCAGCAGUUCACAAAAAAAGCCUAAAAUAGCACUGCAGUUAUUCCAAAUCUGCAGCGCGUAGCUGGAACACAUUUCCCUACGUUAAUCAACCAGUCCAUUUUGAAUUUGUGAUAACGCUGUCGUGAUUCGGCAAGGAACGUAGUUUGUCUACAGUUUUGUUUGUGUAUCCCAUCAGUUCGAUACAUUUUUAUAGACAUUAAUACUAUGAAAUUGUGAAAAUGAUGAUAAUGCCCUUUUAGUGUAAGAGCUGAAAUUUCAACCUGUUUUGGUGAGAUGAAGUUUUGGCCUGUCUGGUGACAUCACUGGGCGGGAAAUUAGUUAAGACCAAUAAGAAAGAGUUCCAAACCUCUCUACCAAUAACGGUUCAUUUUCAGUUUUCCCUUCCCCACUAAGACCACUCCCAGACAGUCCUAGUAAAAUUCUUGCUUGUGAAAUUGCUGUUAGCUAAGAAGCUAUUUUUGUUUAUUUUUGACCAUUUUAAUUGAAAACAUUCACGGUAAGGCCUAAUGGGAGCUUGGGUGCGCAGCGUGCAUGUGUGUAGAGGGAGCAGUCAGAUCGUAAUUUCACCUGUGGAAGCCUAUUCCAGAUGCCACCUACUGUAAACCCACGGUAGAACUUCAUUUCCCCCUAGCAGUCAUACCAUGCAAUAUGAUUUGACAUGGAUUGUUCUUGUCGUUUUAAUGGGGGGAAAACUUCUUUUUUUUUGAAUGGCAGUUUGAACAUUAAGAAACAUUUUCCAUUUGUCACAUCCGUAAACCAUAGUAGGGCUCCAAGCAGAAUGCCUGCUUUACAACAUAUUUUCCAUCUCCGCCUACCUGCAAGUCAGAUAAACAGCUUAUAAUGACGCGUAACUAUCUCAUGGACAGUAAGGCACUCAUAAAGAGUUUGAGAUUCAUCCACUUGGAUUUUCAGUUUUUGAUUGGCCCCUUACAGGUGACUGAAGGUGGAUGAUACUGUAGCUGUAAAAACAUAAUUCCGAUUGUUGGGGUUUACUGUCAUUCAUGAGUUGCCAAGGCUGUGACGAGCAGGGAGGGGGUCCAGAUAAUGAUCACAGUUAUUUAACUUGGGAUUUGUUUGAUUGGUCGCAGCCCAAUUGGUCGCAACCCAAUUGGUCGUAACCCAAUUGGUCGCAACCCAAUUGUUCGUAACCCAAUGCCCUAAACCUUUUGAAUGGGAUGUUUGUACAGUCUGUAGACGGUGAAGUCUUGCAGACUUGGAAGCUCCUUUGACUUACUAUUAUUCUGUGCGGUUUAUUACCUGUCAAGCCCUGUGUUGUGUUGUGGUGCAGGGCCAGUGUAAAUGCUAUGUAUAUCUACGUCUCCCCCAGGUAUUGAAAACCCAGAGUGCUCCCCCACCCACCCUGGUGUUUGUGCAGGCCCUGGUCCGCAUGCCCGUUCUGCCGCUGCCUGUAGGUCUGUCAGUGCUGAAAACCCAAACGGUUGGGGGUCCUUGGGUCCUACUUGAGCCCACCUGCCACCUCAUGUUUAAAGCAGAUUGUAUACCACUUUCAGUACAUUGAAGGUAAGCUAUCCCCCCUCUUCCAAAAAACAAAAGCCAUCAACUUCACCUGGUUAUUACCUCGUAUGUUUAUUUAUUUUUAAAAUAUAUUUUAAUAUUGUGCACAUUGUUUUAGCCAGAUGCCCCCAUAGACAUGGUUUACAUGUUGUUUAAAAAUAUGUCAAAGACAAACUGGAUAAAAGUCAACUUAAUCAAGUCACGCACCCAAAUUGUGGAGAGGAAGUUGGGGUAUGGGGGGGCUGCAUCCAACAAGCUAUGAUGGACAAGAGCACCUUCAGUGUACUUAUCUUAUUAAUGGAACAGCUCAGAAUUUCUUGCUCUCCUGUAACGAAUACCUUUUUGUUUUUCAUGUGUUCCCUUGAUACAAUGUUAGAAACUGCAUGUGAGGAUAGCAGUCUUGCUAUGUAUUCAAACUCAUGUGUUGCAAUUAUUUUAGGCAUGUUUCUCUAAAAAAAGAAGGAUAUUUAAGUGUUUUGUUUCCUUCUAUUUCAUGUUUUGUAUGACCAUGUUGUCUUUUGAUACAGGGAUAUUUCUUCUCUGAGCUUUGAGUCUGCUUGUUUUUUUAUUUUUAUUUUACCUUUAUUUAACCAGGCAAGUCAGUUAAGAACACAUUCUUAUUUUCAAUGGCGGCCUGGGAACAGCGGGUUAACUGCCUGUUCAGGGGCAGAACAACAGAUUUGUACCUUGUCAGCUCGGGGGUUUGAACUCGCAACCUUCCGGUUACUAGUCCAACGCUCUAACCACUAGGCUACGCUGCCUCUACUUUAUUUUGUGUUAUAUAUUUUAAUGUUCUAAUAGGAGCAAAACAGAAAUAAAAGAGUCCACGCGUGUUGCUGAUGGAGAA